GAAGUGUCUCUCUGUCGUCCUCAGGAGCGCCUCCUGCUGUCCAUCCUGCCGAAGCACAUAGCAGACGAGAUGCUUCAGGACAUGAAGAAGGAGCCCAGUCAGAAGGAGAUGCAGCAGUUUAACACCAUGUACAUGUACCGCCACGAGAACGUCAGCAUCCUGUUUGCAGACAUCGUGGGUUUCACUCAGCUGUCGUCGUCCUGCAGCGCUCAGGAACUGGUCAAACUGCUGAACGAACUCUUCGCUCGCUUCGACAAACUGGCUGCUAAAUACCACCAGCUGAGGAUCAAGAUCCUGGGGGAUUGUUACUACUGUAUCUGUGGUCUGCCCGACUACAGGGAGGACCACGCCGCCUGCUCCAUCAUGAUGGGCCUCGCCAUGGUGGAGGCCAUCUCGUACGUCAGAGAGAAGACUCAGACUGACGUGGACAUGCGUGUGGGGGUCCACAGCGGGACGGUUCUCGGGGGAGUUCUGGGUCAGAAGCGGUGGCAGUACGACGUCUGGUCCACCGACGUCACCGUGGCCAACAAGAUGGAGGCCGGAGGGAUACCGGGGCGUGUCCACAUCUCUCAGAGCACCAUGGAGUGUCUGCACGGGGAGUUUGAUAUCGAGCCGGGAGACGGAGGAGAGCGCUGCGACUACCUGAGAGAGCGCGGCAUCGAGACGUACCUGGUGGUGGUUCCUAAAGGACCUGUGGGCAAGAACGGCAUCAACGGAGUGAAGCUGUCUGUGACGUCAUCCAAUGGAAACUCUCCGCUGCUGAUCAACACCACAGAGUGUAACGGAAGCGUGAACACGGCCUGCACCACACCCGAGGAGCCCGAGGAGCUCGACACCAAGGUGGUGAACCCAUCGUUCCCAAACCCUCGGCGGAGGCUGCGUCUGAGAGACCUGGCUGAGCGAGUGAUCGACGCCCAGGAGAACGAGCAGGAGCUGAACAAGCUGCUGAAUGAGGCUCUGCUGGAGAGAGAGACAGUGCAGGCUCUGAAGGGGAAACACACCAACAGGCUCUCUCUGAGGUUUGAGGACCCGGACCUGGAGACCCGGUACUCUGUGGAGAAGGAGAAGCAGAGCGGAGCGGCUUUCUGCUGCUCCUGUGUGGUGCUGCUCUUCACCGCAGCCAUGGAGGCCCUCAUAGACCCCUGGCUGAUUGCAAACUACAUCACGUUUGCUGUGGGAGAAGUUCUGCUGCUCGUCCUGACGAUCUGUUCCCUGGCUGCCAUCUUCCCCAGAGUGUUUCCCAAGAAGCUGGUGUCCUUUUCCACCUGGAUCGACCACACUCGCUGGGCUCGAAACACAUGGGCGAUGGCGGCCAUCUUUAUCCUCACCAUGGCCGACAUCAUUGACAUGCUGAGCUGUCUGCCUAAAGUCUCAGCCUCAGGCAGCCCCACUGUGGGCCCCUCCUCCUCCUCCUCGUCCUCAUCCUCCUCCUUAUCCAGCCCCGAUGGUUGCCAUGACAACCCUAAAUACUACAGCUACAUCGCUGUGCUGGCCCUGAUGGCCACCACCAUGCUGGUUCAGGUGAGUCACAUGGUGAAGCUCACGCUGAUGCUGCUCAUCACCGUGGCAACCGGCAUCGUCAACAUCUACAGCUGGAGGGAAAUCUUCGACCACUACGACUCGGCCCGCUUCCAGGACUACAGGUCCUCCCUGGUUCCCUCCAAGUUCACCAUGUCAGUGAUGAUCUUCAUCAUGAUGGUCAGCUUCUACUAUUUCUCCAGACAUGUGGAGAAACUGGCCCGCACUCUGUUCCUGUGGAAGAUCGAGGUCCAUGAACAGAAGGAGAAAGUUUACGAGAUGAGACGCUGGAACGAAGCUCUGGUGACCAACAUGCUGCCUGAACACGUCGCUCGACACUUCCUGGGCUCCAAGAAGAGAGACGAGGAGCUGUACAGUCAGUCGUACGAUGAGAUCGGAGUCAUGUUCGCCUCCAUCCCAAACUUCUCUGACUUCUACACCGAGGAGAGCAUCAACAACGGCGGGAUCGAGUGUCUCCGCUUCCUCAACGAGAUCAUCUCGGACUUCGACAGUCUGCUGGAUGAGCCUCAGUUUCGCUGCAUCACCAAAAUAAAGACGAUCGGCAGCACGUACAUGGCCGCUUCAGGAGUCACUCCAGACGUCAGCAACGGAUACAGCUGUAUGAAGAAGGAGGAUCAGUCGGACAGAGAGCGAUGGCAGCACCUGGCUGACCUCGCAGACUUCGCUCUGGCCAUGAAGGUCACGCUGAUGAACAUUAACUACCAGUCCUUCAACAACUUCAUGCUGCGCAUCGGUCUGAACAAAGGCGGAGUGUUAGCAGGUGUGAUCGGGGCGAGGAAACCCCACUACGACAUCUGGGGGAACACUGUGAACGUGGCGAGUCGUAUGGAGUCCACGGGGGUGAUGGGAAACAUCCAGGUGGUGGAGGACUGCUACAACAUCCUGAAGGAGUACGGUUUCCGCUUCGUGAGGAGGGGGCCGAUCUUUGUGAAGGGGAAAGGAGAACUGCUGACGUUCUUCUUAAAGGGACGAGACAAACAGGGUUCAUUCAUCAACGGCUCCUCCGUCACGCUGCCACACCAGGUGGUGGACAGCUAAGGAGCGCACACACACUCACACACUCACACACACACACACACACACACACACACACACACACACACACACACACACACACACACACACUCACACUCACACUGUCUAUGGAGAGAGAUUUGAUCCAGCAGAGGUCGUUUAGAAAUCUAAAUAUCAUGUUGGAUUUAAACAAUGAGUCACACUGAAUGUAAAACAGCUUCAUGCUAACAUGCUAACCAUGCUAACUCAAGUGUCGGUGACGCUGCUCCUGCUGCUGUCAAUCAAAAAUUAAUCAAUCAUGAUACGGCUACAAAGAAAAUCCAAAACUUUAACACUCGACCUCGUUCAGUUUUAUUUCAUGCAAAACCGAAGGAAAUGAAUUUAAUCGAACUGACGCGAGUUAAAUAAUGUGAUUGAUUCUAUCUCUUUAAAUAGACGUCUUACAGAUUCACACACAUAUGGAAGCCCUAAGUGGACAUACAUCCAUUUGCUCUAAUCGUGAUAACGAGUAAAUUCCUGGUUAUUUUCUGAUAACAAUUUAAUUUUGUGAGAUCUCCAAAAAUUGGCUGAAAUUAACUCUUUAUCACAGGAAAACAGAGAACAUAAAAUCAAUGGAUGUAUGUCUGCUUAGGGCUUCCGUACACACACACACACACACACACACACACACACACACACACACACACACACACACACUCACUCAGUGCCAUCCCCUCCUCCCACUAACACUACCUGACUUCUGGACACCUGGUCUCACUGCUGGACCUCAGCCCUCAUCUCCAGAACUCUUCCAUGAACCUGAACCUGCUGACUCUUAUGAGGAGGAGGAGGAGGAGGGGGAGGGGGAGAACAUGUAGGACGUGGACCAAUGAGAGUCCAGCAUGUGACACACACACCUGACCCCGUGUGGUCGGUGUGUAAAAGAGUGUGUGCAUCGCUCACAGUGUAUUUUUUUCCGCAGGUAAAGUAUUGUUUCUAAAAACUGAUCCAGGAUGAGGUCUCUGGAUUCUGGAAGUUUCUGCUCUGAACCAUGAAGGACGACACACUGUGUGUGUGUUAUGUGUGUGUAAUGUGUGUUUGAGGGGAGGGGAGGGGGGUAGAAAUAUUUAAAAAAAAAAAAAAACGAUUGUGGAUCGAUGGAAGUGCCUCUCACAGCCGAUCACCAUGUUUUCAUUCAUCUGAAGGAUCCCACUGCUCCCCCUACAGGCAGGAGGCCGUCACUGCACUGCCGUUAGAGGAGCGUUACAGUUUAUUACAACUUCUAAACGUUAGUCUGCACAUCACAUGGUUUGGAUCAGAGGUUUUUUACAAAAGUGUGUGAAAGGGAGAAUCCCUCGCUGAUAUUUAAGAGAGAUGAAGUUUAUAUUUUUCACAUUUUUAUCCGCAGACCUUUAAAUAAAGUAUCCAGUAAAUUAGUUGUCCUAGUUUGGGGUUAAUAUGUGCAAAUCUUAUUUUGAUGACUUCACAGCAGACAGAGCCUCGCAACCCCCUGAAAUCUUUGCCCCCCCUCCCCCCAAGGGAAGCCCAGACCCAAGUUUGGGAUGAUCUUAAAAAUGUUGUAAUAAACUGUAAUGUUCCUUUUACUUCAUGUUUGUUUUAAGUGAAAAGAAGAGUGAAACAAAGGGAUGUGAAUCAAACAGAAAUGAUGGAUGUAUACAUCUGAACAUGUUUGCAGCCUGUGUUUCCUCCUGGUGUUAACAUGAUGUGACGUCCCAUUCUGAGGUCAUUAAACAUCACGGGCUUCUUCACUGAGUUCACAGCUCAGCAUGAGGAGAGUCAGACCACCUCAACAUUUGUUUUUUUGUUGAUUCUGUUUGUUCUUCUUGGACCUGCGUAAUCCUUUUUAAUCACUUCUUGCGGGGGAAGUUUCACCUGAUGACACCUGAUUGUCUCUGAUGUGCAGCUUCACAGAGCAGGAAGGAGACGUCCUUAAUCUGUUCAGACUUUAGAGAUGUAUUUCACACCUGCAGCAGAAUAUCCAGACACAGACGUCAUGUUAAUCCCAGCUGGAAACCGGCUUAACUUUCUUUUUUCUUUUUUUGAUACGUUUAUGUGUUUAAGUACAGGAGAAGUUUGGGGAUAUGAUGAAGUGCAAUAUGAAGUAUGCAGGUGGAAAAAUGGACAUCUGUCAAUACCUUUUAAAGGGUAGUUCCAAUAUUUUAAAACCAGGCUUUUUCAUGCCUUUCGGGGUCUGAAGGUCUUAAAGGCACUCAAAGAGUUUGAUUGGUUCCAGUAGAUGUCAUCAUCAGCCUGCAGCAGUGAAACAGUGUGUGAGGCUGCAGCGUGAUCUUUGUGGGCGAAUGUGUCAAAGUGAAGGCUGCAGGAUGAAGCAAUCUUCACCCCUCCUUAAAACGAGCACUGAAGCCGCUGUUUGGACCGGGUUACAGGUUGACUGUGCGGCCCGUGAUUGUGACAUCACACCAAAUAUGAAGGCAUGAGGGAACCCUCCUGACAGUGUGAAUUUAUUAACGAUAUUUAAUUGGACAGCAGCAGUGCCAUACAGGAGAAUGGCAUGUUAUAUACAGUAUAAGGGGUGUGGUGGGGUUUGAGGGGGGUGUCUUUAGUUCUGUCUUCUGCUGAUUGUAAAGGUCAUUAGUGUCUCUUGUAGGACGGAAUCAAAGUGCAAUAGUUUCUUCUUCUACAAACCUGAGUCCCUCCUCUCUGAAGCAGACGUUCAGCCCCUCCCCCAACUCAUAUUUUUAUACAGUAGUUUAGUUCUAUUAUAAAGAAGGUGAGGAGGCUGUACAUAGAUUUUACACAGUUCAGAUGUCUGCAGACACCGCUGAUGUUUUCUUACAUGUGAAAGUGCCAACGACAGAGAGCAGGAUGGUUCAGAUGUUAAAGCCACACAACAUGGACCGCUCCUGGUUUAUAUUUAAAGAAUCUCAGGCUGAGCGGAGCGGGGCGGGGGGGGGGGGGGGAGCACUUUGAAUAAUGUGUCCUAGUUCUGUUUAUUUCUGGUCCUGGUUUUUCGGUCUGUGCAGACUUUUUUUUUUUUUAGAGCUAAGAACCAACAUGCGUCGACUUAAAAGUGCCAUGUGUAGGGUGAGCGGGGCGGCGGUGGUUCAAACAUGAGUCAGUGUGUGUUUCUGGAUGUCGUUAGAUUUGAUUCCUCGUCUCGGUUUUUAGUGGACUGGAUUAGACCUCCCUGUAGGUUCGGGUCUGCUGUAGUCCUGUUUUUUCAAGAACGUCUCAGUCAAUGUGCCCUCUUUUCAUUUCAGUCGUUUGUCAUCAUAAUGUAAGUUGAUAAAUAAAGUUGGAUAAAGACGA